CUUUACUAUCCACACACUACCCAUUCAAACCUCCUACCACAUUAUCAUACUACUGCCUACCUACCCAAUCCCACCAUUGACAACACACUAAAUAAUCACCAAAAUGCCUUCCACCCCCUCCCAACUAGACCUCCCCCUCAUAAAAUCCACAAUCCACACCUUCCUAACCACCCUCUCCGACCCCCAAUCCAACCCCCUAGAAUCCCUCCUCCCAAAAUUCACCACCUCCCCCGCACCCCUAAUCCACGAACACGGACUCCCCUCCCUCGCCCCGUUCCUGGGCCGAGACUUCGUGGGCCAAGAUGGCAUAAAAGAAUAUUUCUUGACUAUGGGUGGGGUGUUGGGGUUUGAGGAUAUGCGGUUUGAGGAUGAGGAGGGGUGGAUUAUGCAGGAUAUGGGGAUUGGGGGAUGGGUUGUGGUUAUUAGAGGUUGGGCGAGGUUUUUUGCGAAGAGGACGGGGGAAGGGUGGAGGGAGGGGUUUGUUUAUAGGUUGAGGGUUGUGAGGGAGGAUGGGGAGUGGAAGAUUCAAGAGUAUCGGGUUUGGGCGGAUACAGGAGCGGCGUAUUUGGCUUUGAGGGGGGAGUUGGGGAAAUUGAAUGACGAGUGAAUGGGAUUGUAUUGAUGAUUGGGGAGUUUAUAUGAUGGAUGUGUGAAUUGUGAACAGUGAAAUGUAUGGAGUAUGCAGAAGCAGAAGAAGUGAAUGGUUACUGUAUGAUCCAUUAUCUGGAAAUACAAGGUUAUACUAUUCUGUUCAUAUC